AUGGGGAUGGGAUGGAUGUGUAUUGGUGAUUUUAAUGAGGUACUUAGCUCAGGGGGCAAGAGUGGGGGUAGACAAAGACCUUUCAACCAGGUGGAAGCCUUCAGAGCAACAACUGAGUCAUGCUCUUUUUUUGAUAUGGGGUAUGUUGGUAAUAAGUUUACAUGGACAAAUGGCAGAUCAGGACAAGCUUUCAUCAAAGAAAGGAUUGAUAGAGCUUUGUGUAAUGUGGAAUGGUCUGAACUAUUUCCUUUUUCUAAGGUUUACAACCUUCCAACUUUAAGUUCAGAUCACUGCCCCAUUCUCGUUUCUAUGGAACAAUUUGAACUUGACUCAACCAGAAAAGCCAGACCAUUCAAGUAUGAGGCCAGCUGGGCCUUGAAGGAAGAUUUCAAUGAAGUUCUGGAAAAGGCAUGGAGUAAACCGAGAAGGGUUGAUGGCAAGCUAUGUCAAGUCAUAGAAGGACUGAACCAGUGCAGAGUGGAAUUGGUAAGGUGGCACAAGCAGUAUGCUGGUAAUUACAGAGUUGAACUAAGGAAACUUUGGGAUCAGGUGACUGAACUACAAAGGGAUAAUGAAGGCCAUCUAACAGAAAAAAUCAAGCAAGUGCAAAAUUGUCUGGAACUAGUGGAGGCCACUGUCACAGAAGAACAAAAUGGAAUGCUGAUGAGGCCUUACACUCAGCAGGAGGUAAAAACUGCUCUAUUUUAG